AUGUCCUGCUCCAACCUGUGUGUCUCUCCCUGUGGGGUGGCCGCCCCGGCCCCGCUGGCUGACACUGCCAACGAGCCCUGUGUGCGGCAGUGCCCCGACUCCACGGUGGUGAUCCAGCCCCCGGCCUCGGUGGUCACCUUCCCCGGGCCCAUCCUCAGCUCCUUCCCGCAGUUCAGCGUUGUUGGCUCGGCAGGAGCGCCCGGCGUGGCAGGGGGCUACGGCGGCACUUUUGGAGGCCGUGGUGGUUUUGGAGGCUUUGGGGGUUAUGGGGCUUAUGGAGGCCUUGGUGGCUAUGGAGGCCUUGGUGGCUAUGGAGGCUAUGGAGGCUAUGGAGGCUAUGGAGGCUAUGGUCUUUAUGGGGGCUACGGAGGCUACGGGAGCUGCGGAUAUGGCGGCUGGCGCCGAGGCCACAGGUACCUCAGUGGCAGCUGCGGGCCCUGCUAA